AUGAAUUUUUAUAUAUUAAUUUCUUUCAAGAUAAAAAAAAUAAUCCUUAAUUAAUUAAAACAUUAAAUAAAGUAAAUUGUCCAAUUCUUAAAAAAAUGUUUUUAGCUAUAAAUAAUAAAGUUUCUCGUGUAGAAGAAUUUGAAUCAUAAAACUAUGAGCUCAUUAAUAUACUAAAUAUUUACAAAGCGUUUUUAUUAUUUAAAUUUACAAAUUCAUUAUUUUUUAAUAUCUUGUAAUUUAAUUAGGUUUGAAGAGAGUUCAUAGGAUAGUAUCAUAGAUUUAGGAACAAAAAUAUCAAAAUGUGUAAACCUUAAGAUUUUAGAUUUAGACCUUUAAAAUAAUUCAAUUUUAGAAAAAGAUGUUUUAAGUCUUUUUAAUGGAAUAUGUACUUGCAAUAAGUUGGAACAAUUUAGAUUAGUAAUAGCAGAAAAUAGAAUAGGUUUGUUAGGAACAGAAGUUCUGGCUUAAAAUAUCUAGAAAUUAUAAAAUUUAUAAUAACUCUAAUUAAAUCUUUAAGGAACAAAUUAGACAAAAAAAUCAAUUUUUUUGUUAGUAGACAAUCUCUCAAGAUGUGCAAAUCUUCAAACAUUUUCUUUAAUGCUUAAAAAUAAUAUGAUAGAAGAUGGAAUUAUUCAAAUUGCAAAGAAUCUUUCAAACUGCUAAAGUUUAAAAAGUCUUGAGUUGAAUGUCAGCUUUAACUCUAUUAAGGGUUGUGACUUAAUUAGUUUUGGAUAAGAUAUUUCAAAGUGUUCAAAUCUUGCAAUUUUAAGUUUAUCAAUUUAAGGGAAUAAGCAAAUUUCAUUAAAUCAUAUUGAAGAUUCAAUUGUUAACUUAUCUAAGCUUCCAUAACUUUAGGAUUUUAGUAUUAAUAUAGAUGGACUUUUUGGUGGAUAAAAUAAUUUAUGCGAUUAUUCUAAAAGUGUUAAAAACUUACUGAAUUGCAAAUCAUUAAUUAAAUUGAAUCUAAGUUUAUCCUAUAAUAACAUAUCUAAUUCCCAACUUGAGAACUUAGCCGGAUAAAUAUAGUUAAUUUCUAAUUUAGAGCAACUAUAACUGAAAUUUGAAAAUAAUUCAAUUAGCGAUUAAGGUUUCAUAAAAUUAUCAUAAGCGAUUUCUCAUCUAAAUAAAUUAAAAGUUCUCAAAUUAAAUUUUGAUCGAAACUAAAUCAAAUAAAAUGGAAUUAUUUCUUUUGCUGAAUCUGUUAAAUUUCUAAAAGAUUUGCAAAGUCUUGAGCUAAGCAUAAUUUACAACUAGCAGAUAGGAGAGAGUCUUUAAAUUUUAGCACAGAAUAUUUAAAAUAUUCUCAAUUUAAAAUAUUUUAAGCUUGACAUAAGCUAGUGUUUAGUUGAAGCUAGUUCAUUGCUAAGAUUUGCAAUUAUAAUCUCAAAAUGUAGAUAACUAUAGGCAAUUUCAUUACAAUUUAACUUUCCAAUCUAGAAUAUUAAAGCAAGAAAACAAAUAAUAACGAAAUUAAAGAAAUCUACUAGAUUAAUUCUUUGCAAUUGA